AUGGUCAAUGCAUCACAAUUUAGUCCAGUGCAGCUCGGGUACCGGAUUUCAAAAGAUAUUUUGUGUAAGAAUGAGGUACCGAUUUCCACAAAAUACCUCUUUCUUGAAUAUGAGAUUAUUCUUACAAUUUUUAAGUUUAUUGAUCUGUCAAGUAACAGUUUAUCGGGAAGGAUUCCUCCUGAUAUUGGAUCACUUCAUGGUUUGAAAGGUCUUAAUCUUUCUAGAAAUCACCUCAUUGGCAAGAUUCCAUAUACUUUCGGAGGGGUGGAUCAACUGGAGUCUCUAGAUCUUUCAUUAAACAAUUUGAGCGGAAAUAUUCCUGUGGAACUUCAAUAUAGUUAUUUGCAAGUCUUUAAUGUCUCUUACAACAGGUUUGAGGGAAGAGUACCUCAUGGAGGGCAACUUUUGACCUUUGAUAAGACAUCUUUCUUAGGCAAUGCCCAUCUGUGUGACAUUCCAUUCACCAACAGCACUUGCAACAUUUCUUUUUCAAAUGGUGAUGGGGAAGAGACAAGUGAAGACAUUGAAGAGGACUUAGAAGUUCAGAUGGAAUAUUUCCUACUAGGAGUGAGGUUAAGUUAUGGGUUAGGAUUCUCCAUUUUCAUUGGAAUCCUCUCAUUGAAUAGCAAGUUGAGAAAGGCCAUAUUCCAUCUUUAUGAUGCUAUCAUUCUAGUAUACAAUGGGACUGUCCUUAUUGGAGAGGCUGUGACUUUUGAUGCCAAGGACUGCUCUUUGUUUUUUAUAUCUUUAACAGUCACUGUGACUGCUACGAGGACUGCUUUAAACAUGUUGAAAGUGUUCUCCUUAUCAUCAACAAACUUUCUUUUGAUGGACUCUGCCACUAAUCGUUUCACAGUAGCUGCCACUAAAUCACUGUUAAACUUAUGA